CAGACGCUGAUGACAACAGAUAAGUAAAAGGCGAUCUCGUUAGGAAGGAAGAGAACAGUCCGACUACGUUGAAAGCGGCUCCCAUUGCGUAUUUGGACUCAAACACAGGAAUUAAAGUUGCAUUGUAGGAAAGCGCAUUUACGCACGCAGUAAGAAACCCGGGUUGUUUUUUGGUUGUUUGGUUUAAGUGUAGUCCUUCUACUAGUAGUUACAGCUUGAUACUUAGUAAAACGCAGUGUCUUUCAGUAGUUUUAACUGUGUGUCUAGCCAGCCUUCACUUUGGGAAUUUAGGAAUUUUGACAUUGCGCAAAGAACUAAUGACGGCAGAGAUCCAACAACCCUCGGCACAGACGCCAGCACAAAGCAGCCCGAUGUCUGCUCCACCGGAAAAGCCAAACGGGCAGACUUCAGUGAUGGAGACUGCCUCCUCAACUACUAAAACCAAAAAGACCAAUGCCGGAAUCCGCCGGCCGGAGAAACCGCCUUACUCUUACAUAGCUUUGAUAGUCAUGGCCAUUCAAAGCUCUCCAACAAAGCGCUUGACGCUUAGUGAAAUUUACCAGUUUCUCCAAAGUCGUUUUCCGUUUUUCAGAGGUUCUUACCAAGGAUGGAAAAAUUCUGUGCGUCAUAACUUGUCUCUUAACGAAUGUUUCAUCAAGUUGCCAAAGGGUCUUGGUAGACCGGGAAAGGGUCAUUACUGGACUAUCGAUCCUGCCAGUGAGUUUAUGUUUGAGGAGGGAUCUUUCCGUCGAAGGCCGAGGGGGUUCAGGCGUAAAUGUCAGGCGCUGAAGCCGAUGUACAGCAUGAUGAACGGACUUGGAUUCAACCAUCUACCCGAGUCCUACAACUUCCAGGGGACCGGGGGAGCCCUGUCUUGUCCUCCAAACAGUUUAUCCUUGGACAGUGGUAUUGGGAUGAUGAACGGACACUUGGCAAGCAAUAUGGAAGGGAUGGGUUUGGCGGGACACUCUGUAUCGCAUUUGUCGUCCAACAGUGGACAUUCCUACAUGGGGAGUUGCACAGGGUCCACGGGGGGCGAGUACCCACAUCACGACAAUUCUGCGUCGCCACUGCUUACGAGUGGAGGAGUUAUGGAGCCUCAUCCAGUCUACUCCAGCACAACAUCCGCUUGGGCUCCUACGGCCUCGGCUUCUCUGAAUAACGGCGCUUCUUACAUCAAGCAGCAGCCGCUGUCACCUUGCAACCCUGGAGCGAAUCCGCUACAGCCAAGUUUACCAACACACUCCCUAGACCAGUCAUAUCUUCAUCAGAAUGGCCACAGUACUGCCGACCUGCAAGGUAUUCCUCGCUAUCAUUCCCAGUCCCCCAGCAUGUGUGACAGGAAGGAGUUCGUCUUCUCUUUCAACGCAAUGACAUCAUCCGCAAUGCAUUCGCCAGGUAGCGGGUCCUACUAUCAUCACCAACAAGUUGCUUAUCAGGACAUCAAGCCCUGCGUAAUGUGACAGUCCAGUAAGCAUCAUUUGCAAUGAAUAAUGACACUCCGUCUCUGAUGAAAGCCACUAAAAUCCUAUAUAGUUGGAGGGGUGCAAGCGAGCAUUCUGUCCCCGGGAAGUAACAGAGACUGACGUGUUAUUCAAGAGCACCUGUGUAAUGCAAAAAUGCAAGCGUCACAAACAUGGCAUUACAAAAUAAAUGAUACAGUUCUGAACUAUGAAAGAGGAACGGAUUGGUACAGAACCUAAGCACUGUACAGACAUCACUAAACUCAAAAACUUUCAAAACCGGCUCAAUCGAUCCCUACACUUCCCUAACUGUCUAGGAAGUGGGAAAAUAACACGACUGUGGAAGGACAUUUCACUUGAAGAAACUGCUUCGAGCGAAAAAGGUAAUUGCAAUGGAUCGUUUGAACACGCAAGAGUGCAACUUUGGGCCUGAUUCGAUUUAAGCAAGUGUUUCUUUUUUUCGAUUGCUAUCAACACAACAUUUCUUUAAUUUAAGCGACAAUUGGACUUAAAAUGUUAUGAACAUUUUGCUUAAUGUACUAUUCAGCUGUAAUGACAAACAGAAGCAGGUUCGAUUGAAUCAGGCCCUCUGUCCCCCAAAGAGCACAGCUAGGUACUAACUCUGCUGGCGGAAGACUACAACUUGACAACCUUUGUUUCUUAGAAAAUGUUACUUUAUUAUAAUUAUGAAUUCUUUAGAGACGAGAGGAGCUGAGUAGAGUUUUUCUUUCUUACAUGGGGUAUUUGGCUUGACUGAUAUAUCAAAGCAAUUAUUUUAUAGCCUAUAUGUUUUUGUUUGUUUGUUUUGUUUUCAAUAUAGGACAAGCUUGGUCCACUGGGACUUAGAGAUAACAAAGGCCCAAAUGCAGGGAGCUAUUCAAUUAUUCCUGUAUGCGUUUGCCCUUUCCUUAAUAACACAUUUACGCAAGAUUCGUUUUUUACUUAUGUAACAUGAGUUUCAUAAGAAAAAAAACUCUAAAAUACAUCGUGCAGGUAAAAAAGGUAAAGGAGCAGGAUUCACUAUUCACAGUUAAAGACGAAGAUAAUAGCGGUUAAAUUGAAUAUGGUCCUAAAUCAUUUUGCCUUUGUUUUUGUUUCCUUCAGUUGAAAGUGGACAUAUUAUUAUCAAUUCCGGACAAAUUAUGGCACUUUUUAAAAAAUGUAAACCGCAGACCCCUUUAUUUAUUCUGCAUA